CGCAGUGCGCGUGCGCCGACCCCGCCUCUUCCUGUCCCGUCCUGUAGCCGCGCAGCUCCUGGCAGAAUGGCGGCUAUUUUGGACUCGGUUCUGUCCCAGAGAAUAGACCCCAACAAGGUCGUGGAGUGGCUGAAAACUGUCCAGGAGCGCGACAGCCUGCCGUUCACUGACCGUGGAAUAACUGUCCAAAAACACGAGUUUGUCUCUUUCCUUCUGAACUUCCUGAGAGAACAGAGCAGUCCAGCGCUCGCUCAUCAUGGCACCCCAGCCAAGACCCCCAAUCGCCCAAGACCAGCAGCACAGACCGGGGUAGCUAGCAGGUCUGCCAGGAGUGGAACCGCUUCCCGGAGUUCUAGUCGGGUCCAGCUUUUUUCUCCGUCGUCUUCUGCGUCACCUGGAGCUGAGUGUGACGCUGCCGGACAGUCGGGCUGUCUGAGUGGAAUCAGCAACUUCAGCAGCCCGUCCUUCUCCACGUCAUGGAGCCCUGCUUCCAGGCCGCCGGGCUCUGAACGCCGGCAUAGCCAGAGGGUCUGUCUUGGUGACUUCAUGGCGUCCCCCCCGGACACGCAGCCUAGUCCCUUCCAGUCACAGAAGAGCCGAAAGAAGAGCAUGGCUGUGGGAGCACAAUGGAGGGGAGGGCGUGGGAGCCAGCACACCGAUGAGAUGGGGUUCGGCGAUACCGGGACCAAGAGGCCGGGGAGAGAAGGAGGAGGAGGUCAUGGCAAAUCAAGGGAGCAGCUUUCACCUCCAUCUGCAGGUUCACUUAAUUUCAACAAUUUGGAAGACUUCCCACCUGUUGGAUCAUCACCCAUCUCCCCUUUAACAUCCAAACCGUCUAGAAGAAUAAACCCAACACCCGUCAGUGCCGAGCGGCCUCGUUCUAAACCAAAGACCUGUUUUACAUCCACUCCAUUCACCAAACCGGGCAGUCCUCAGAUGGGAGCAGAAGUGCUUGAGGGGUCGAUGAGAGUGGGGAGCCCCUUGAGUUUGCAAGAGGAGAGAGAAUUGCUUAAAAGAGAAAAGAGCAAGCGUGCCCAGCAGGCUGCUUCGCCCUGUUUGUCCUCUCUGGAACCGUGCACCCCACCCAAGACGGGAGUUUUGGGUGGAGCUAAAGUGACUCCAGAGCUGCAGACACUUUGUCCUGAACGCUCAAAGGUUGCAUACGCUCCGGAGCUGGAUCUUCUGGCAGAAUUAUACUGUGCCUGCAUUUCUGAGAACUUGGUGCCCAACAUCUUUUUGGAGCUCUUCUUUGUGAUGCAGCUGCUAACAUCCCUGUCUCCAGAUUCUAAUGAUGCUGAAGUACAGGACAGCUUUAGUGCCACAAAUUCAGAUGUUUUAGAAAGAUGCUACCUGAAGCAAGUACACAACUGUGUGUACUUUGCUGUGACUGUGCUGGAGAAUCAGUUUGAGUUGGUCGCUCAUCUGGACAAAGGAACGCUGCGUCUGCUGGCAGAGAAUGAGCGCGUGGCGUCUUUCUCUCCGACGCUCAGGGAUCUCCUCAUUCAGGCUCAAGGCAAAAGCUCAGCAAAGCUCUCUCCAUCAGUCUCCACUUUCAUUCAUUCAGUCCCGUUCCAGCCAGACACGGACAACCGUUCCAACUUUGGGAAUGACAGGGCCUUCCACACCUUUAAGAAACAAAGAGAUGUGUUUUAUGAGGUGCUGCGAGAAUGGGAAGACUUUCACAACGAACCAGGGUGGAGCUUUGAGGCUUCGCUCGGGGGAAGAAUCAGAGGAAUGAUGAAUCAACUCACCUCUGCAGGAAUUCAUUCUCAUUUUGCCCGCUUGUUCCUCAAGCAGCUUGUUCAGAUGUGCAAAGGACCGCAGAUGAGCGGCUCCCCUGGAGAACCUCCGGAUGCUGACCUGCUGGGAAUGCUGGGAGCCGACAGCCUGGGUCGCCUGAAGCGCCUGGAGGAGCGCCUCAUCCAGCCUCAUGGAAUCGUCGGCCCGUGUCCUCCUCCUUCCUUUCCUGGACAUCAGGAGUUCUUCAGGGAUUUCAUACAGACAUCCAGCUGCUGCCAGCUGAACCAGCAUCUUCAGGACAGCUUGUGUCAGCAGCUCCUGCAGCUGGAUGAGGUGUCCAUACUGAGCCCCUCUGCUUCCAUUAAGGAGGAAGAUGAAGACGGGGACAUGGAGCAGCAGGACGAGAAGCAGCGGUUCUCCUCGGUGCUGCUUUUAGCUCGGCUCCUGGCAAAGUUCCUGGGUUUCAUUUCCUUUCUGCCCUAUCAAACGUCCGAGAGGCCGUCCAGGGAGAUACAGGAGACGUCUGCAGCCCUGCGCAGCAAGAGUGCUCCGGUUCUGGAUGUGUGUGCCGUGCUGAACGACAGUGUCCGGAGGCGGCGCACCAUCCUCACUGUCCCUUGGGUGGUGGAGUUUCUCUCCAUGAUGGACUUUGUGGGUCCUCUUCUGCCCUGCUACAGGACGGCAUUGGGGACCCUGCUUCUCCUCUACAGGAGGAUGCAGCUGAAGCGGAGCGCGGAUGCGUGUUACCUGAACAACCUCCUGCUGGUGUCCGUGUUGGGCUGGCUCUUCCACAUUCCAGCCAUUCCUGAGGACUUUUUCUUCACUGCUGAGUUCACGGCAGCAGUAACGGUGGAGGACGGGAACCCCGGUUCUGCAGGACUUGACUGCAGUCCUCUGGUGGAUCAGCAGCUUCUGUAUAUUUGCUGUCCGUUUCUUAGUGAGUUUCGUAAACUCCUGGCUGCGUUUGUGUCUGGCAGCACGGCAAAGAGCGGAGGGAUCAUCCGCAAGAUCACGCCCACCUCUGCUGAGCUCAAAGACACGCCCCCCGCCAACCGGUCGCAGCAGAAACUGCAGGGGGAGCUCGAGCAAGCCUUUUUCCACAACCAGCCCCCGUCGUUGCGCCGGACAGUGGAGUUCGUGGCAGAGAGGGUGGGAUCCAACGCCGUCAAGCACAUGAAGGCGACGUUGGUGAGCGAGCUGAUGGAGAGAGGAGAGACGAUCUUUCGAGACAAACGGAAGUCGGCAAACUUCAGCGCAUCAAAAGUGAACGAGUCCAUCUGUGCUCUGCUGUGCGACGCAGGCCUGGAGGCCCUGGAAAGAGCUGCCAGAUUUUGUGACGAGAAAAGCCUCGACGCCGUACGAACACUGCUCCCUGAAGAGACCUCCCCCACUGUUCUCCAAACAUCUGAAAGCAUCACGAGGCGCCUGGCAGCAGAAAAAGCUUGCAGCUGGCUCUCCGCUAACAUCACAGCGCUCAUAAGGCGGGAAUGGAAGAGCAGGUUCGACCGUGUGAUGAAGGCUCUCGGCAGUCCUGGAGCUUCAGAAUCUGUGGAUGUGAGCGGCGCUGAGGUGGAUCUGGUCUCUCGGGAUCAGUCGGUUGGUCCUGAGAGGAAGGCGGGAGGCGAGCAGGCGAGGGCUUGUCCUCCUGGCUGUGACCACAGUGCCCCUCUGCCUUCGGAUGUCCUCAUAGAAGUGAAGGAGUUGCUGAGCAUCGCUGUGGGGCCCAGAACAGAUGUGGAGCUGCCGGCUGGCUCUCAGGUUAAAGCCCUGCUGCACAGAGCAAGGGACACACUGGCCUGCAGGAAGUUCCAGACUGCAGUGUCGGAGCAGAUGCUUCUGAACUCUACAGUCAUGCUCGCCUGCAAGCUGGUAACAGGAGAACUUCCAGUGCUCGUCGUGUCCUCGGGAAGUGAUGCCUCGGAGUCAGAAGCUCUGCUUCCAGACCUUCUGGAGCAGCUCGCUGAGCUGUGGCAGAUAAACUUCCCGUGUCCCGACGCCCUUCAUCAGCUUUUCGCCCCUCUCACCGUCACCGCUGUUCUUCAGGCCGCCGACUCGCAGGCCACAAACUACCUUUUCCUGGUCAGAAGGCUGGUCGACAAAGGGCUAUUGAGCGAGGAGGCAGUCCUAUCUCAUUGGAAUACAUUAACAGAUAUGACAUUGCCAGUGGAGUUGAUUAAAAUUUUCCAGCUCCAGUCGCAAAGGAUGCAGCUGUCUCCUCCUGCAGCUGAGAUGCUGAAGAGCAUCGACAGGCUGCAGGUCUCGCAACAGCCGCUAGAGGGAGCAUCGUGACAACAACAUACCCACAGCUGGCUUCUUUUGUGGCCGCCAGUGUCUUAUUCCACAUGUUUUCUCCACCAAGAGGGCGACUUUUUGCCGUCGUUUUCUUCUUCUUCCAAAAGCUGUUUUGCACUCAGCUUCUCCUAAAAGAGAUGUGGGACAAUCUUUGCAGAUUUACAAUUUUAAAAAGUCCGAAUUUUAGCUUAUUUAAAAUGAAUUGACGUCUAAUUCCUUUUAAAACUUUUUGUUAAGCACUUUCACGCAUUGCCUUUUUAGAAACUGCAAGUAUGUUCAUGUUGAACGCUGAUGUAUUCACUGCUUUAUAAAUCUAACUUUUUUUUAAUAAAGACUAUCCGAUUGCAA